AUGUCAGGGAUUCAGAUUGCUGUUGAUAGAGGUGGAACGUUUUGUGAUUUCAUAGCUAAAAUCCCGGGUCAAAAAGAUUUGGUAUUUAAAUUACUUUCAGUUGAUCCAAAUAAUUAUAAAGAUGCUCCAACUGAAGGUAUAAGAAAGAUUUUAUCUCAUGUUCAAGGUAAAGAUAUUCCUAAAUCAGAAUUGUUGAAGUUAGAUUCCAUCGAAAGUAUUAGAAUGGGUACUACAGUAGCUACAAAUGCAUUAUUAGAAAGAAAAGGUGCUAAAGUAUGUUUAUUAACUACCAAAGGUUUUAAAGAUGUUUUAAAGAUUGGUAAUCAAACAAGACCUCAUAUUUUUGAUUUAACUGCUAAGAAAUUAGGUCAUUUAUAUUCCAAAGUUAUUGAAAUCGAUGAAAGAGUCACUAUUGAAGGAUUCUCAGAAGGUGGUGGUGAUAAAUUAACUGUUGAUGAUCCAGAAUUAAUUGAAGGUGUAACAGGUGAUAAAAUCAAGAUCUUAAAAAAACCAGAUUACGACCAAAUCACUAUACAGUUAACGGAAUUAUAUAAAUCCGGAGAAGUCGAUUCAAUCGCAUUAUGUUUAUUACAUUCUUAUGCAUUCCCAGAACAUGAAUCCAAAAUAGCUGAAAUUUGUAAGAAUAUUGGUUUCACUAUUUCAGUUUCUCAUGAACUUCAACCAAUGAUUGGUAUAGUUAACAGAACAUCAUCAACCGUUGCCGAUGCUUAUUUAUCACCAGUUAUUAAACAAUAUUUAAAAAGUUUUGCUCAAGGAUUUGAAGGAGGUUUAGAUUCUUUCGGUAACAAAUUAUUAUUCAUGCAAAGUAAUGGAGGUUUAUGCCCAUGGUAUAAAUUUACUGGUUUAAAAGCCAUUCUUUCAGGACCUGCUGGUGGAAUGGUUGGUUUUGGUUCUACUUGUUAUGAUGAUAAACAAACUGGUUCAAGACAAAAAGCUACUAUUGGUUUUGAUGCUGGUGGUACUUCAACUGAUGUUGCUAGAUAUUCUGGUCAUUUAGAACAUAUUUAUGAAACUGUUGUUAGUGAAGUAUCUUUACAAACUCCUCAAUUAGAUAUUUCAACUGUUGCUGCUGGUGGUGGUUCAAUGUUAUUUUAUGAAAAUGGGAUCUUUGUCACUGGUCCUGAAAGUGCAGGUUCUGAUCCUGGUCCUGCUUGUUAUAGAAAAGGUGGUCCUUUAACUGUUACUGAUGCAAAUUUAUUCUUAGGUAGAUUAAUUCCUGAAGAAUUUCCUCGUAUCUUUGGUCCAAAUCAAGAUCAACCUUUAGACGUUGAAAUCACCAAGGUUAAAUUCUUAGAAUUAACCGAAAAAAUCAAUAAUGAUAAAGCCAAAGAUGGUAUUAAAUUAACUCCUGAAGAAGUUGCUAUUGGAUUCUUGAACGUUGCUGUUGAAUCAAUGGCUAGACCAAUCAGAACUAUCACUGAAGCCAAAGGGUAUGGUACUGCUGAACAUAAUUUAGCUUGUUUUGGUGGUUCAGGUGGUCAAUUUUCAGUUUCUUUAGCUAAAAAUUUAGGUAUUGAACAUGUUGCCAUUCAUAAAUAUUCAUCUAUUUUAUCAGCUUAUGGUAUUUUCUUAGCUGAUAUUGUUAUUGAAAAACAAUCACCAAUUUCAAUGAGCUAUCAAACUUCAAGCUUUAAAUUCUUGAAUGAUAAAUGUGAAGAAUUAAUUAAAGCUGCUUAUGAAGAUUAUGAAAAUCAAAAAUUAUCAGGUUUUAACACCAAAAUCGAAACCUUACUUAAUAUGAGAUAUGUUGGUUCCGAUACUCAUUUAUUGAUACCUAAAGGAGAUGAUGAUGCCGAUAAGAAAUUCAUUGAACGUCAUAGAAAUGAAUUUGGUUUCACUUUAAGUAGAGAAGUGGUUGUUGAUGAUAUUCAAGUCAUCUUAACUGUUGAAAGUAAAGAUAAGAAAUACUACAAUCCAUUUGAAGAAUUCAAAGCUAUCAACAAUAAAACCACUCAAUCCCCUUCAGUUACUAAACAAGUUUAUUUCGGUAAACAAUGGUGUGAAACUGGUAUUUAUAGAUUAGGUGAUUUACGAAAAGGUGAUUUAGUUAAUGGUCCUGCUAUCAUUAUUGAUGCUACUCAAACUUUAAUCAUUGAACCUGAAUCAAUAGCCACUAUCUUAGAUGAUCAUGUUUUAAUUGAAGUUAUUCAUAAGCAACAAACAACCUUGAGUUCAACAAUUGUUGAUCCAAUUCAAUUAUCAGUUUUCGGUCAUAGAUUUAUGUCUAUUGCUGAACAAAUGGGUAGAACUUUACAACAAACUUCUAUUUCCACUAACAUCAAAGAAAGAUUAGAUUUUUCUUGUGCAUUGUUCGAUAAAAAUGGUGACUUAGUUGCCAAUGCCCCUCAUGUUCCAAUUCAUUUAGGUGCCAUGUCAUUUGCUGUCAAGGCUCAAGCUAAUAUGUGGAAAGGAAAAUUAAAACAAGGUGAUGUUUUAGUUACUAAUCACCCAAGUGCUGGUGGUUCUCAUUUACCUGAUAUCACUGUCAUUACUCCAGUUUUAGAUGAUAAUAAUGAACCUAUUUUCUGGACAGCUUCAAGAGGUCAUCAUGCUGAUAUUGGAUCCAUUUCAGCUGGUUCCAUGCCACCAAACUCCAAAACCAUUUAUGAUGAAGGUGCAGCCAUUGUUACUCACAAAUUAUGUGUUGAAGGUAAAUUUGAUGAAGAAGGUAUCACAAGAUUAUUAUUGGAAGAACCAGCCAAACAUCCUGGUGGUUCGGGUACUAGAGCUUUAAGUGAUAACAUUUCCGAUUUAAAAGCCCAAGUAUCCUCCAAUUAUAAAGGUAUCUCAUUAUUGAAAGCUUUGGUAACAGAAUAUACCAAAGAUGUCAUUGACUUAUACAUGUCAGCCAUUCAAUCAACUGCUGAAGUUGCUGUUAAUAAUUUAUUGAAAUUAGCUUAUAAGAAAUUCGGUGGUAAACCAAUGCAAGCCAUUGACUAUUUAGAAGAUGGUACACCUAUUGCAGUUAAAAUCACCAUUGAUCCAGAAUUAGGUACUGCUGAUUUUGAUUUCACUGAAAGUGGUGAUGAAAUCCAUGGUAAUUUGAAUUGUCCUCCAGCCAUUGUUAAUUCUGCUGUUCUUUAUGUGUUGAGAUGCUUAAUCAGUAGUGAUAUUCCUUUGAACAAUGGUUGUUUAAGACCUAUCAAUUUAAUCAAUAGAGAAGGUUCAGUAGUUAAUCCAUCUUAUGAAGCAGCUGUUGUUGGAGGUAAUGUUGAAACCUCUCAAAGAGUUGUUGAUGUUAUCUUAAGAGCUUUCGAAGCUGCUUCAGGUUCUCAAGGUACUUGUAAUAAUUUCACUUUUGGUAUUACUGAUAAAGAACACAAUGUUUCAUUUGGUUAUUAUGAAACCAUUUGUGGUGGAUCAGGUGCUGGUGCUACUUGGGAUGGUCAAAGUGUUGUCCAAUGUCAUACUACCAACACUAGAAUGACUGAUUCAGAAAUCUUUGAGAAGAGAUAUCCUGUUAUUGUUCAUGAAUUCAGUGUAAGACAUGGAUCAGGAGGUGAUGGUUUCCAUAGAGGAGGUGACGGUGUCAUCAGAGACAUUGAAUUCACAUAUCCUGAUUUAGAAGUUUCAUGUCUUAUGGGAAGAAGAACCUCAGCACCUUAUGGAUUAUUAGGUGGUAAAGAAGGGGCCAGAGGUAAAAACACCUGGUUGAAAAAAACUGAUAAAGGUUAUAAACCUGUCACUUUAGCCGGGUUGUGUUCAGUCAAAUUAGGUAAAGGUGAUAGAGUUAUAAUUCAAACUCCUGGAGGUGGAGGAUUCGGUAAAGUUAAUACUGAACCUGAAGCUGACUAUAAUAUUAAACCAACUAGUAACAAUGUUACUGGAUCUGUUGCAAUGAGACAGAUGAUGCAAGAACAAAAUUAA